CUGCCGUAUCUUGGAGGCGAUGUUCCGCGCGAAAUAGUUCUAGUUCGACUUGUUGCCGUUAGGGGACGAAGCUAUCACAUCACUUCAAUGGCUGUGCAGGUUGGUUUAUCCUCUGUUCUUGAAUUUUCUUACUCCAUCUUCGUCCUUUCGUUCGUUCCUCACAAAUUCAAGCGAACAAUUGCCUUGGUAAAUAUUUAUAAGUUGUGUCCGUGAUAGUAAAGCAACGUAAGCGAAGCGACCAGAUACGUCGGUGCCCGUUUUCGUUCCAACAGCUGCGCUGUUCGCUAUUCGGUUAUAUCGGAAUGCCAUGAAGGCCAAUAUGUGACUAAAAUCUGCUUCUUUGCAAUCAAAACGUUGGGAAACUCAGUUGGCCAAACUGUACGUUAUUUUAAAACGUUUACGUGUGAAUGCUACGCACUUUCUGACCUAUAUAUUGAUCCAAAAGGAGGCCGAAGGAAAGCUGCCCCAUAAACCGUUAAUAUGUGUGUUGUGAUAGAGGGACUUUUGCCAGCAGCAAGCAUGCUAUGAUGCUGCUCGGCCUCAACAGAACCUGUGCUAUGUGUAUGCCAUGCUCAAGAGGGCCAGGCAACACAUGAAAAUACCUUGCUUUGGAUGCUGUCGCUCCAGCUGUGCUGCAAACUGUAGCGGCAGCUUUUUGAAGAUCCUGGAACACCUGGUGUGAAUUCUACAGCACCCAAUUGUGCCAUCUAGAGGAGAAAGAAAAAACAAGUGGACAAGGAGUCAUCUGUUGAGAACCUCAAAUGUAUUUUUGUGGUCUUUGCGCAUAUUCAACAAGUGGCAAGGCUCACCUAGCCAUUCAUGCUUACCUUGUGCAUGACAUACAGCCAGUACCAUGGCAUCAGCACCCUGGUAGUGCUGAGCACCCUAUUUCCGAAAGUGAAACAAAAAGCUUGGUGAGACCGAAAGAGUACAUAUGUGCGCUGUCCAAAGACUGCCGUUUCAAGUGCCUCACAACUGCUCUGUUCCGUGAGCACCUUGAGCAGUGUCAUUGGGGGUUCAAAUUAUAUGUGUGUCAUCUAUGUUUAGCCCAUGCUGAUUCUUCAAGUAAGCUGUUGGAGCACUACAGGUGUGAUCACGCCUUUUUUAAGGUGCAUUGCCUGUACUGCGACUUGGGCGGUGAUGAUGACUGGGUCAUCAUGCGCCACAUAAUGGAGAAACAUGCUUACAACCCAUUUAGGCUGUUGCUUAGAAAUGGCGACUCAGAUGAAGUUGUUAAAGAACUGCGGCAAUUAGCUGUAGAAUAUUUGACAAAAGAGCCUGUGCAGCCUGAACUUCUGCCACAGCCAUUGAUUCUCGCAUCACCACAGAGCGAAGCAUGUUCAAGUGAAUCAACACAAAUCACGCCAGACAUUGGCGGAACAGCAUUAGAGGAAGAAAUUGUAGAAGACAACUCUACAAGUGCAAAUGACAAUCAGCACACUGUUGAGAUGGAUAAGACCCCAGAAAGAAAUGAAUGUGUGGUUCAGUCAUGUGAGCAUGCUCAAAGCGAAAACGAGGUUGACCGUGAUCGACACACACCCAGCGUAACUGAAAUAGGAUUCUCUACAUUCCCAGGUAAACAGCAAUUCUUUUGCAACAUAGAAAACUGCAGCAUGGAAUAUGGGGAUGUGUUUGAUUUUAUGAACCAUCUUGACGAGUGUCAUCCCCUGCAGUCAGCACUUAACUGUCCUAGGUGUGGCUCUCUUGUUUCGGUCGUAGAUCUCCUCUCGCACAUUGUUGAAAGGCACAGUGGCAUUUCGUUUUGUCCCUACAAUGACUGCUCAUUUGGAAGCGCCAAUCAGUGUGAUGUUGACGAUCACAUAAUUCAGAUGCAUCAAAUCUAUCAGGAUGAGCAAGGCAAAGCUGACCAAGCUGUAGCAGCUCGAAAAGCCGAGUUUUGUCCUCCGAAUAAUAUAUCCUCCACAUGUUAUGCUGAAGCUGAGGGCUGUAAAGACACUGUUGAUUUUGAACCUGAAGCAUGCUAUGAAAAUGGCAAGGCUGAUGAGCAGUGUGAUGUGAGCCAGGCAGAAUCAACAGACGACCUCACUACCAGAAGAUAUUUUUGUGAUGAGUGUUCUACAGACUGGGGCACGGUGCUUUCCUACAUUCACCACAUGACUACUGCGCACACAGUGUUAUUCUUCUGUGGACAUUGCUUAAAGUCGUACAAAAAGUCAAGGUAUCUACUCGUACAUGCUGGUUGUCAACAUAUAGGGCAGCCAUUCUCUGUGUUGCGUCUUGAGGAUGGAAAAGUGGUUGAUGUGGGUAUGCUAGUUGCACCAUCCUGGGUAGACGAAGCUCAACAUUAUCUGAACGGGGCCAGUCGAUCAAGCUUAAAGCAACAGGCAAAACCUUGAUAAAAAAUCUGAAGAAAGCAAUUGAUUUCGUCGCCUCUACCUGUGUCGAGAGUGAAGUGGAGCAGCCGCAAUGCAGUGCCAUGCCCACCCAUGCAGAUGGUAAUUGGAGAAGGCCAUCUGCAACUCAAGAGAUACCGGGGCAGCAUACAGAGCCUUUGGAUGAUUCUACAGACCCAGAAGAUAAUGACUCCCUCUUUGAGGCAGACGGUGGCCCCACUCUUCAAGACCAGGCAUUGCAUGAGCCUCUGUCUUCACUGGGUGUCCACAGUGACAGCACUGAUCAACCUUCAGAGGAAUCCAACAUACCUACAGCAUUGCCUCAUGCAUUGAAAGGCUAUGGUAUGGCUUCCAUGAUACCUUCCCUACAGCCUCAAGAAAGUAUUUCAGGAAAAACCCCCUACACAGAAUCUCGGCGCAUCAGGCGUGAUAAAUGUAGGCUGAAAAUACUUGCAUCAGCGUUUAUUGAUGCUUCUUCUUGCAAAAAGGUUAAUGGACGCAUUGUAAUUGAGGAAAAAGUUCGCCAGAAACUGUCUGAACUGAAUACCAUGCACACAUCUGGAAAAAAAUUGACUGAAGUGCCCAGCUCUUUGCUUUCUGGAGUGCAUGAAGGCUCGCAUAUGUGUUCUGAAUGCCUUAUCACCGUUACCACAUUUAAAGAACUUUGUAAGCACAUUGUAGAAACUCAUGGUGCAAGCACUGCCAGUGACCUCGACAAUGCUGGUUCUGUAGUAAGUUUAGGGUAUUGGGCGCCACAAGAAUUUACAUCCAUCUCCAGCACCUUCAGGAGUGUCCGGCCUUUUCCUGAUGGUCAUAUCAGAGUUGAACACUCAAGAAAUAAUGUGAUGUUGCAUUUGAAGCAGAUCAAAUCGAAGUGCUUUAAAAGACCAACAUUCACUGACAACCUCUUCGUACGACAUUUAGGUGUACGAGUUCCGUACAGCCAGUUUGCAAGUAUAAGAAAUUUGAACCCAGUCAUUCGAUUGGUCAGGGUGCCAGUCAUAAAGCAAGAAACACAGUGAACUGUUAUGACAUUUGAGUACUUUGAUGUCUUAAACUUGGAACAGAUCUCCAGUUCAUGUUUGUGCAGUGUUGUAUCAACCACUUUUGUGAUGUCAGACCAUGGUGAUAUGCAUGUAAAUUUUAUCUUCAAAGUUUUGGACAAAUCAAUAUAUUCAUGUCUUAUUUAUAUGCCAUAGUCAUUUUGUUAGUGCUUUCAACAGAAUGCAGAAUUUCCAACUUCAGUUCUGCUGAGUGUUUUUGCUUUGAUUUGCUUUAAAUUUCCAAAGCAGCAAGCCUUUUGUGUUAAAAGGCAACAUAUGUUCAUUUUUCGUGCAUUUAUAUUGUGAAUAAACUGCCAUGGCUUUUUCAAAGCUA